UGGCUCAUUCUUAUGACGUCACUGGUAAUUUAAAAUUUUGAAACAGCUGUGCUUCGUCCGUGAGAAUUUUCGUUGGAUUUGACUACAUGCGUUCAGGUAUUUCUGCGGUCUUCGUAGACAAUGGAGAAUGUCGAAAUUAGUUUCAUGAAGAUGGUGAAGACCUUCAGAAGAGAGUGCCACCGGGUUUCACGGUCUGAGAGGACCACCGUCCAUGGACCAGAUAACAUGCUGAUGGUGCUGCAGCUGGCCAUAGCAGAUGUCAACAAGAAGCAAAGUGGAGAGUUCAAAGUAGCUCUGAGUGAUGUCCUGAAUGCCUGGAAACACUUAUUGCUUGACAAACUUCACCUGCAACCCCCCGACUGUGCACACUUGGAGAACUAUGAUCUCAUCCGGGAAACGUAUGAAUCUUUCCUGAAGCGCUCCAACACCAUGGAUCUGGUCGAUCUCUUCUUUAAGUACCAACAACUGAAAUUAGUGUCUGACCCAGAUGAGUCUUUGAGCCCAACCCAGGUGUUUGAAUUCUUAUCAGGCAACAAUGGACUCUUGGAGUCUUCCGACUCCUCUGUGCCAUCAACACCGUCUAAACACUGUAUUGCAAAGGUGAAUGCAGCGGUCCGAAAGGUUUUCUGCUCCUACCUCAGUUUGCUUGUGAAUACCAAAAAUGACUUGGCGGUGGCACUGACCCUUGAUGUUCCCAGCCGGGCACUUGGGCAUCAGACGUUUACCGACAUCAAAUAUGCAGCACGGAAAAACAACACAUCACUGUUUUUGGCUGUGACAUCUUUUGUGAGAGCUAUCCAGCUCGGAGGGAAGGGCUACGCUCCUCCUCAGGAAGACCCUUUAAGGAAACACGUCAAAGGCCUCUCAGAAUAUGUACAGUUCAUUGACAACCUGGAGGAGAUUCUGGGUGAAGUUCCUGACCCAAGUAUUUGUGGAGCAAGACUAGUUUCAGCCAUCAAAUCUGCACUUGUGAAAGGAUGCUGUAAUGGAGAUGCAGUAAAAUCUGCUGCAGAGGAAAUGGGCAAGCAGCUGACGGACAGAAUCUGCCAAUUACAUGAACUCCAGAAACGGUCGGCUAAUGUAAGCGGGACAGGAAUAAGUCCAGCAAGGCCCAAGGCGUAUGCAGUUAACCAUGCCACUGCGUACGGCGGUAGAGACACUGUGAAAGUGCUGUUGGCAUUGCUGGAUGAAGAAGCCCUCGCACCUCCUUGUCAAAAUAAGGCAGAUCUGUUGUCUGAGGAUCAGCCCACACUGAAUGGAGCUCAGGCCAUCUGUGUUCUCUCAUUGUUCAGGUCCCCUGAAGUGUCCACUGGAUCAUCUCCAGAGCCUCUGAAGAACAGGGUCCGGAGCCGACUAGACCUAAUCAAACCCAAGCCCACAGAAAAACUGAUCCGAUCCCAGUUUGCCUGCACAUACAACGAUGAGGAACUACCACUUAACCGUGUCCUGGACUUUCCCAGUACAAGCCAAGUGCCCACCUGCGUUCACCCAGCACCCAAAAUCACUCCAAGAGUAGCUGAAAAAGAUGAAGCCAAGUCCUCACAAUGCAGUGAGUUGAUUGGUGCACAGCAAGGAACCGUUCUGGGAGCAAGAAGUGGAAAUGGCCAGAAGCAAGGUGUCGGCGUAGGAAGCAGGAAAAAAACUGCACCACAAGAGCAGGGCAAGGGCAGUAAGCGGAAACAAGCAGACUCUGGGCAUAUUAGGGGGUCCGAAAAUGAGCCCCCUCGAAAGAGACCUCUCUGUACCAAGUCUGUAAACAACGCCUUGAACAAGAAGAAGCUGAUAGCUGGACAGGGGAAGUUGACCAGCUUCUUCAGGGUCUGACCUCAACUUCUUAAAGUCACAACAUUAUCGACUUUUAUUUUUGUGUGUAUUGACUUAAUUUGUUAAUGGUGUUGCUUUAGAAAUGUAUAUUUAAUAUUCCAUCCUCAAACAGCUUUUGGAUUAGUAUUUCUGCUUAGAAAGUGAGCUUUUUGACUUUUUAUUAAUUUUUUUUUUUUUUUUUAUGAAACAAAACAUUUGCUUUCAUAUUAAUCCACAAGUAGCUUUCAUAGUUUCUGACAUUUUUUUUCUGGCAAUAAGCAAACAAAG